AUGCGUUUCAUUAAACUGAAAAGCAGAUUUUACUGUGGCGAGCGAUUCUAUGCACCGGCCAAGGGCGAUGGGCGCAUAAUUGGUAUAACAUUAACAUGGGCUUUGUUGGUGAUCUUGUUGGUGGUGUUUCGCCCGGUGGCCGAUGCUCAGGGCGUACUGGUGCCGGUCGAAUCGGAUGGCAACGAGACGUCCGAGUACUACCAUCUCGAGAUGGGAGCUAGUGCGGAAGUGAAGGAACGCGAAAUGCAGGAACUGCGCCAAAAGCUGGCCGGUACAACGUUGCGUGUCACCACACUUCAGGACUGGCCCCUUAGCUACACGGUUAAAAUCAACGGCACGUACAUCGGUGCCGGUGUUGCCUUCGAUCUGCUCGAGUUCCUGAUGGAAAAGUUCAACUUCACCUACGAGCUGGUAAUGCCGGAGCAAAACAUUGUCGGCUCAUCGAACGAUAUGGCCGGCAGUGUGCUGCAACUGCUAUCGAACGGAUCAGCCGACAUAGCGGUCGCCUUUCUGCCGAUCUUGGCGGACGCCCGUCAGCACAUCCGCUACUCGACCGGGCUAGACGAGGGCGAAUGGAUCAUGAUCAUGGUGCGUCCGAUGGAAUCGGCUAGCGGAUCCGGUCUGCUUGCACCGUUCAAUCGGGAUGUUUGGAUAUUGAUUCUGCUCUCGCUGCUUGCUGUUGGGCCGAUCAUCUACGGUUUGCUGAUACUACGCCACCGGCUUACGAAGGACAAGGAGCAGGUCAUCUACAGCUUACCGCACUGCGUUUGGUUCGUGUACGGUGCGCUGAUGAAGCAGGGCAGUACCCUAUCGCCGACGGGAGAUUCUACCCGUAUUCUGUUCGCAAGCUGGUGGAUAUUCAUCACAAUCCUAACCUCCUUCUACACGGCCAAUCUAACCGCCUUCCUCACCCUGUCCAAGUUUACGCUCCCAAUCAACAACGCAGAGGACAUCCGGCGAAAGGAGAAACAGUUUGUAACUAUCCGUGGCGGUGCCGUGGAGUAUGCAAUCAAAAAUCGCGAUGAAACAUUGAACGCCCUGAGCGUGCUGGUCGACAAGCGGCUGGUAGACUUCACCACCAACGUUAACGACAGUGACACGCUGGCAGACAAGGUGGCUAAACAUAACUACGUGUUCGUCCGUGACCGACCCGCUAUCGAUCACAUGAUCUACGCGGACUAUCUGGUGAGGCGUAAGAUUAACACACUCGUCGAACGGUUGCAUUGUCCGUACGCGACCGCCACCACACCGUUCUUGAAGCGCAACCGUGCCUUUGGAUAUCCACUCACCACCGAAUGGAACCGUAUCUUUGAUCCGGAGUUGCUCAAAAUGGUGGAAGGUGGCAUCGUCAAGUACAAGCUGCACGAUCGUCUGCCAAAAGCCGAAAUCUGUCCCCAGAAUUUGGGCGGUACGGAGCGUCAGCUGAAGAACCGUGAUCUCGUCAUGACAUACUUCGUCAUGGUGACCGGGUUCGUCACCUCGAUCGUAGUUUUCGUGACCGAACUUGGAUUCCGCUACCUAAACCAACGCAAACUGAACGAUCAGCUGCAGCUUCAGCAACAAACCUCCAAAAAGCUCCCGACCGAGCGCAUCUCCUAUCUGGGCAAACAGUUUACUGCCGGAGAUUCACCGCCGCCACCGUACGCGGAAAUAUUUAGCCGCCAUCAGCUCGGUGUGCUUGGUAGCGAGCGGACAGGGAAGCUGUUCGGCGAUGACGGUAGUGGCCAUCCGGGGAAGGGUACUGGAAAUCGGCAGAUGAUCAACGGUCGGGAUUAUAUGGUGGUGCGGGAGAAGAAUGGGCUCGGUUCUCGGUUGAUCCCGAUGCGUGCCCCAUCGGCGGCCAUCUUUCACUAUACGUAUGCCAAUUGA